AUGUUAUUUCCUCUCUUGUUUUUCUUUCCAUUUUUUUUCUUUCGUUCUAACGGUUUAUUUAUUCCUUUGUUUUGUUCGUUUAAUUUUUCAUUUAUUCGUUCGUUUAUUCUUUUUUUUAUAUUCAUAUCUUUGACAUUUUUUAUUUAUUAUAAUUUCUUCUUCCUGUUUUCGUUUUUCAUUCCUUUCUUUCUUUCUUUUUUCUUUUCUGUUCAUUUUUCCAAUAGAAAAUGUCAAAUGUUCAUUCCUCUAUUUCUUUCAUUCUUAUUUAGGUUCAUUUCAUCUUUUCAUUCAUUUCGCCACCAUCUUUAUUCGUUGAUCUUUUUUUUGCUUCUCUUUUACAAUCUGUUCUUUUUCGCUCCCGUCUUUCAAUCCGUUAUCUUUCAUUCUUUUGUAUCUUUCAUUAUUUUUUUAUCAUUCAUUCUUUUUAUCUUUAAUUUUUUCAAACUUUCAUUCUUUUUAUAUUUCAUUCUUUUUAUAUUUCAUUCUUUUUAUAUUUCAUUCUUUUUUAUCGUUCAUUCUUUUUUUGCAUUCAUUCUUUUAUAUCUUUCUUUCUUUUUAUCUUCAUUCUUUUUAUUUUUCAUUCUUUCUAACUUUCAUUCAAUUUGA